GGUUUGUAGCUGCUGUAGAAGAGAGGAAGGAGAGGACAAUCAUGGUGUCGCUGAAGCUCCAGAAGAGGCUCGCCUCAAGUGUCCUCGGCUGCGGCAAAGGAAAGGUCUGGCUUGAUCCAAAUGAAGGCAACGAGAUCUCCAUGGCUAACUCCCGCCAGAACAUCAGGAAGCUUGUCAAGGAUGGUUUCAUCAUCAGGAAGCCAACCAAGAUUCACUCCCGCUCACGCGCACGUCGUAUGAAGGAGGCCAAGAGAAAGGGACGUCAUUCUGGAUAUGGUAAGCGCAAGGGUACCAGGGAGGCUAGGCUUCCAACCAAGAUCCUUUGGAUGCGAAGAAUGCGUGUUCUGAGGCGCCUCCUCCGUAAAUACAGGGAGGCUAAGAAGAUUGACAAACACAUGUACCAUGACAUGUACAUGAAGGUUAAGGGUAAUGUCUUCAAGAACAAGAGAGUGCUCAUGGAGAGCAUCCACAAGUCCAAGGCAGAGAAGGCAAGAGAGAAGACAUUGUCCGAUCAGUUUGAGGCCAAGAGGGCAAAGAACAAGGCAAGCAGGGAGAGGAAGUUUGCCAGGAGGGAGGAACGCUUGGCCCAGGGACCGAUGGCUAUGGAGAAACCUGCUCCUGCACCAGCUGCUGCUGCACCUAAAGCAACUGAGGUUCCAAGCAAGAAAUCCAAGAAGUGAGAUUGCUGGACAAGUGGAUGAAGGUUUUGGGAGUUUUGUUUCGUUGUGGCUAUUUUAUUUUCUGUAGCAGCAGUUUAGCUCUUACGUUUUGGUUGCUCAAGGCACGGAUGUUUAUUUUCUUGGAUUAUGUUUGUAUGGAUAAUUUUACUUGCUGCCCUUCUAGACUGGUUAAAUAUAUUUGCAGAUUUUACAGAAUAUGUAAAAUGUUGUGGUUUUUGCAUUUUGUCUUCUUUCCUGCUUUACUUGAGUUAUAGAUUACUCUUGAUUCAGCAAUGGUAUGCUGGUUCUACUAAAAUUGAUUCACAAGGAUCAAUAGAGGCAUUCUAGACUACAAAUGUGCACAACCCAGAAGCGGCUUUUGAGCAACUAUUUAUUCAAAGCAUAUCUAUUAUAAUUCUAUGCAACUAUGAGAACAGUUUGGUAAAUGAUUAAAUGCUAGUCAACUAUGAACUGAUGUGAAAUGUGCAAUAAGUUGUAGGCAGAUUGAGGCUGAGAUUUGACACGAACUGCUCGAUUAGCAGCAAGGUUGUGAAAACGGUUUAUACCGUUGUGCCGGUUUAGCAAGUGGAAUGGUUCUACCGGUGGUACAAUUUGUUUGUGCCGGUUCAUGCCGGUUAAUAAAAUAUGUAGAAAUGU